AUAUAUUAUUAUUGAUGUUAAUAAUUUCAUUUCAGUACUCAUAUAUUUCCUUGAUAUACUUUCUUUACUUAUAGUUAUUAAUUGAAAAGUAUCAAUUUUUGACUUCAGGUAUUAAAGAUUUGAAUAACAUUAAUCCACGUUCUUUCUUGCCUAAACUUAGAAUGGAUUCCAUGCCUGCUGUAGAAAUAAAACAGACAUUGGAACGUGAAUAUGAAAUAUAUCUUACUGCUACAGAUAUUAGGAAUUUGAAUUUGGUCAAACUGGUGGAUAUGAAUAAUAACUUGACGGAAAAUACAAUCUCACUUAAAACCAGUUCCGUAGAGGUUCGGGACGAGAUAUUCUUUCUUCCAGGAAUUGAAGGCUAUGCUAACGCUUUCAAAACAUUAGAAUCAAAAAUUAAAUCACCUGCGACAUGUUUUCAAUUUGAGACAAAUUACGAGUUAAAAUCUAUUGAAGCUAUAACCAAUUUCAUUCUACUGCAUAUAUUGGAUAAACUUGAAGGUCGAAGUGAAUUCAUAUUAGUAGGGUAUUCAUUUGGAUUACUUAUAGGUAUUGAAUUGAAAUCCGAUUAAUAUAGAUAGAUGGUGCUUUUCAGUAUCUGAAAACAUUUAUACAGGAAAACUUGCAUUUGUCAUCGCAGGAAGAACUAGAAAACAAUAUUUUGCUCGAUAUAAUGAAUGCUUACGUUAAUGUCAAUGCUGUAGAGGUUCGUACUUAUUUUCCUAAAGGACAUCAUGCUUUUGUCUAUUUUUGAGAAACCUUAUAUUAAUUUUCUAAUAUUACUGUGCAGUUUAAACUUGAAUAAAAAAAAUAGAAUUCGUGGGAUGAGAAAAUAAAUACAUUUUUUAAUGUUCUAUAUUUAAGAUAAUAAAUACAUUCUUAAUGUUCUUAAUGACUUCGUUAAGGAAACUUUUAUGGUGUCUUUCAACAGAUCGAGUUAGCUAAUUAAUCGAAUACAUUCUUUCUCGAAAAUUCCAUGAUAUAAUAUUUUGGGUUAUAAAAGAGUUUGAUCGCCAUUAAUAUACUGUAGAUGUAGUGGUACUAUUCUGAAGGAACAUAUUUUUUCUUUUAUUGUUGAUUUCUGGUAAAUGUAGCAUAUAACUACAUGCUCAGGAAUAAUAUAUAACUACAAUUUGGCCCUAAAA